AUGGCUGCCCUCAUCGAGCUUUCGGGCCGCUUCCAGAGCCCGUUUAUUCCUCUGCUUGCUGCCAUUCUCAUAUAUCUAACGGUGAUGAACUACCGCUCAUGGAACCGUCUCAGACAUGUUCCUGGACCGCCAGCUGCUGCCUUCAGCAAAUGGUGGAUGCUACGUAACACACUGGGUGGGCAGAUGCAUCUCGCCCUCAAGCGAGCCUGUGAUGACUACGGUGAGUCAACCCUGGAAUCUUCCUACGCCCGAUCCCCAGCACAUUUCCAGUCCUCACCACUCGACCGCUCGCCUCUGCCACAGAGAUGGGUUGUGCCGUCCGAGAAGGUCUCAGACACACAUGCGGACUCAUCCACUGCGUGCUCAAGAGCCGCAGACAUUUCCCCCGUCUGGCUUCCACAGGCUGCUGACAGAAACCCUUGCGUCCUAGGCCCGGUCGUCCGCAUUGGUCCCAACGACUUGGUAACCAAUGACGCGGAAUUGCUUCGUCGGAUGUGGGCGGUUCGUUCGCCAUAUCGCAAGGGCGCCUGGUAUCAGGCCGUCAGAUUCGAUCCUACCAGGGACAACAUCAUCUCCAUGAGAAACGAUCAUGACCACAAUGAACUCAGAGCCAAGAUGGCCAUUGGCUACUCUGGCAAGGAAAAUGAGGGUCUGGAGUCCACCGUUGACAUUCAAAUACAGUCACUCGUCCGGCUCAUUGAGGAGAAAUAUGUGUCCACUGCUGUAAACUUCCGACCUGUGGAUUUGUGCAGGAAGAUUCAGUACCUCACAUUGGAUAUAAUCACAUCGCUCGCGUUUGGCUAUCACUUCGGGUACCUCGAGCAAGAUGCCGACGUUCACCGAUACAUCCAGAUGACCGAGGAGAGCAUGCCAGUCAUGAUGACGCUCACCGUGUUCCCUCAACUGGCAAAACUGCUUCAGUCGCCCCUUUUCCGCCGGGCAAUGCCCUCGGAGCAUGACCGCGUGGGUUUUGGCCAGUUCAUCGCCGUCGCGAAGAGGGUUGUCACAGAAAGGCUUAUGUCAGACAAAACGGCGAAACGGCAGGACAUGUUAGGGUCCUUCCUUGCACACGGCCUGACCAGAGAGGAGGCUGAGGGUGAGACAUUGGUACAGAUCAUAGCCGGGUCCGACACGACAGCCACCUCAAUCCGGACCACAAUCCUGUAUCUGAUGACAGCCCCAUCCUGUUAUUCCCGGCUUGCCAACGAGAUACGGGAUGCGUCGCGAAGGGGUAUCAUAUCAUCCCCCAUUACUAACCGGGAAGCGGGUGACCUUCGCUACUUGCAAGCUGUGAUCAAGGAAGGCUUGCGUGUGUUUCCUCCGGUCACCGGCCUCAUGUCGGCGACAGUGCCCAAGGGAGGUGAUUUCAUGCAUGGCAUGAGUAUACCCGAAGGAGCUGAUAUUGGUUGGACUGCCUUCGGAGUGCUCCGCUCCCAAACGGUAUACGGCCCAGACGCCGAUGUGUUCCGGCCGGAACGCUGGUUAGAGGCCGAAGAUGAUCAACUCAAAUCCAUGACGGCGCAAUGGGAACUGGUAUUCAAAUACGGCAAGUGGCAGUGUCUGGGGAAGACGGUGGCCCUAUUGGAGAUGAACAAAGUGUUCGUUGAACUCUUGCGGCGAUUCGACUUUGCCCUGACAGACCCCACCAAGUCAUGGAACUCGUUCUCGGCUGGAAUCUUUAUCCAGUCUGACCUAUGGGUUAGAGUGAGCAGAGUGGAGUAG